AUUUGCCUGAAUGAGAUUGGUACUCAAAAGCGUGCAUGUACGUGUUGCUCCAAGGGCGCUUUGCUGGUUGAUGGGCUCUGAUACUGUGUCAGAAACAACGGUUCCCGAAACCGCCUGCUCCCGCCUUGCUGUCGAGGCCCAGUGCCUGUUAAAGCUUCCUCUUCUUUCGACUGCAUAUUACUAACCCUGUGUGUUCCCCCUUUUGAUUUGCUUUAGGAAAGCAUGCCUCAGACGCCUCCCUUCUCAGCGAUGUUUGACGGCAGUGGCUACAACCGGAACCUCUAUCAGUCCGCGGAGGACGGCUGUGGCGGCUUGUGUUACCAUGACAACAACCUCCUCUCCGGGUCCCUGGAAGCCCUCAUCCAGCACUUGGUACCCAACGUGGAUUACUAUCCCGAUAGAACGUACAUAUUUACCUUCCUACUCAGCUCUCGGUUAUUUAUGCACCCGUAUGAGCUAAUGAGCAAAGUCUGCCACCUAUGUGUUGAGCACCAGAGACUAAAUGAUCCGAACAGCGACAAGAACCAGAUAAGAAAAAUUGCACCCAAAAUCCUCCAACUCCUGACAGAGUGGACGGAAACAUUUCCUUACGACUUUCGGGAUGACAGAAUGAUGAGAAACCUAAAAGACCUGGCUCACCGGAUCGCCAGCGGCGAGGAGACGUACAGGAAGAACGUCCAGCAGAUGAUCCAGUGUCUAAUCCGCAAACUUGCCGCCCUCAGCCAGUACGAGGAAGUCCUGGCAAAAAUCAGCUCCACCUCUACAGAUCGGCUCACGGUUCUCAAGAACAAGCCCCAGUCCAUACAGAGGGACAUCAUCACUGUCUGCAGUGACCCCUACACGCUGGCCCAGCAGCUGACUCACAUAGAGCUGGAAAGGCUCAAUUACAUCGGACCCGAAGAAUUUGUUCAGGCAUUUGUGCAGAAGGACCCGUUGGACAACGACAAGAGCUGCUACAGUGAACGGAAGAAAACACGAAAUUUAGAGGCUUAUGUGGAAUGGUUUAAUCGCCUCAGCUACUUGGUUGCUACGGAAAUUUGCAUGCCUGUAAAGAAGAAGCACCGGGCAAGAAUGAUUGAGUAUUUCAUCGAUGUCGCUCGGGAGUGUUUUAACAUCGGCAACUUUAAUUCCUUGAUGGCGAUAAUUUCUGGAAUGAACAUGAGCCCAGUGUCUCGGCUAAAGAAAACUUGGGCCAAAGUGAAGACUGCGAAGUUUGACAUUCUCGAGCAUCAGAUGGACCCUUCCAGUAAUUUCUAUAAUUACCGAACAGCUCUUCGUGGGGCAGCACAGAGGUCUUUAACUGCUCACAGUAGCAGAGAGAAGAUUGUGAUACCAUUCUUCAGUCUUCUAAUCAAAGAUAUUUAUUUCCUCAACGAGGGCUGUGCCAACCGCCUUCCAAAUGGCCACGUCAACUUUGAGAAAUUUUGGGAACUGGCCAAACAAGUGAGUGAAUUCAUGACGUGGAAACAGGUGGAAUGCCCGUUCGAGAGGGACCGGAAGAUCUUGCAGUACCUGCUCACAGCACCAGUCUUCAGUGAAGAUUCUCUGUACUUGGCUUCCUAUGAGAGUGAAGGACCUGAAAAUCAUAUAGAGAAAGACAGAUGGAAGUCCUUAAGGUCAAGCCUCUUAGGCAGAGUUUAACAACUGGGCUGCUGGCUGCUGCACCGUCAGGCGAUCAUUGAGGGGUGGCCUUCAUCGUCUCGCAUCUAGGACCACAAAAAGCUAGGAAGUCCCUGCAAGCAGGCUCGCUCAGGAGCAUUUGGGGAACUUGUUCCUGCAGCUGACAGACUGACUCAGAUUCUGUGAGACUGAAAUGUUCACUGAGGACACUGGAGAAAGAAUCCUCUGAAGGUCCCAGCUCUGCACAUGAUUCAUCUCCUGGAAUUUCCAUGUGACUCACAGCUCUGCACCUGGAUGGAGCUUCCUUUUGUGUGUGUGUUUUUAUUAUUUGGUUGAACAUUUGCUGCUAAUGGGACUUGCCCAGCUGAGUGCUGGCUCUUAGGAAGCCCAUGUUUCUUUGUUAACUUAAAUGAAAAAGGGAGAGGAGGGAGAGGAAAAAUCCCUCCAGUUAGAUCCCCGACUUCAGCCCGGCGAAUGGCCAGGAGGAGAAGACUGGUUGAAAGCCGGCUGUGGACUUUGUUUCCCUUUGUAUGUGCCGUGUUGUGAAUUCCUCUCCUCCCUCUUCCAACAAGGUUUUGAGUUGGCUGCUGGUUAGCAAACUCCUUUUUACCCAUAUAAGUUAUUUAAUAUAAUAAUGAAGCUCAACACUGUGGUAGGAAAAUAGCCACUAGAAAAAAGAAAAGGCAGAGUUUGUCAUUGGACUGCUUAGCAUUCUAGAAGGAGUUUUUGUUUCCUUUAUCCCUCUGAGCUGUUUACAGCUGACCACUGUGUUGGACAGAUGUAUUUUUCAGUAGUUUUUUUGUUACUUAGUUUUCCAUGACGCAUAUUUUUUUCUCUUGUAAAUUUAAAUUAUCUUACUUUUAAGGGUCUUGGAAAAACCCAUGGCCUAAUCACAACUUAAUUUUCUUAGCAGACUGUUAUUUUUCAUUGCCUUUCGGAGGCUGUUGGUGACUAAACAUGAACAAAGAAUAAGUUGGAAAAGUUACCACCACCCCCACACCACCCCCACUACAGCAGUGAACAAAGUAAAUGAAAAACAUCUUGCUGUUAACUCAAAGGUCAACCUAAUUGUGAAGUAGUUCACCCUGUUAAACAUCUCAGUAAGUCUGUAGUUGCUCUGCAAAAAGCCAUUAUAUGUAUUUACUCUAGGAGAAGCUGUAGAGUAGUAAACCGUGCUAAUGAAAAAAACAAAAUGUCAUGUUCAAAACAGAGAUGCAUUUGAAAACUUUAUGACAUGGUUUCAAAAAACAGAGCAUGUAUAUGUGCUGCACGCCACCUCCGCAGCCUACAGUGUCUCCCAGCUGUCCCUCUACCACCGUCAAUAUAGUUCACACUCUGCA